UCGCGCAUACGUCAAAUCAGUCAAACCACAGGUCAAGCAUCUUCGAACAAAAACAUUAUUGUCUUCGUUUGGCGUAUAAUCGAAAUAUUAUAUUUAAAGUUUAAUUUAACAUUGAUUUAGAGUUAUAAAAAAACAUAAAAUAAUGCUCGACGGCUGGUUUUGCAGGACCGUAGCAAACCAAAAAUCGAUGGAUCAAAUCGAUCAAGAUGAAGACGCGCAAAGUGAUAGCCAAGAGGAUUAUGAUGCACAAGUGGCUGAACAAAAUAUUGCUCCGCGAGUCGACUACAAAGCGCAGUACAACACUCUGAAGAAGAAAUUGAAAUUUUUACUUUAUGAAAACGAAUUCUUUCAAGACGCACUCAGAUCGAGUCAACGAAGGCAUCUCAAAGUAACGCGUGAUCGAUCAUUUCUCUUAGACCGUCUGCUGAAAUACGAAAAGCCGGAGAUCACUUCAUCGGAAAGUGAGGAUACCGAAGACUCAUCCGACGAUGACGUUCGAAACGAUGGAAAAAGGCGAAAGAUCGAUUCGACCGGAAAGAAUCAGAAUCCAACCAAAAAGAAAAAAGUUGCACCGAAAAAGGCCGCACUCAAUCAGAUGAUCAACAACAUUCAGAGUAUCGACGGUCAUAUGACGGCUGAGGAGGUGGAACGACACCUGAAAUCUCGACAAUCGUUCAUGGAACUUGUGCCGGAACGAGCGCCUCCAACCGUUCCAAACGAAAUGUUCAGCAAUGAGCCGUCACUGGACAGUGAAUCGAAUGAACUAAUUGAAACCUCACCCAGUAAUAUCGGUGAGGAGUGUCUAAGCGUAGAGUACUGAAAUCUGAAACGGUGUGUGGUUUGUCGGGUAAUUAAGUCGAACUUUAUAUUCCAAUUACAUUGUCUGAAUAAAUCGAUGACUUUA